GCGCGCCUGGCGUGCGUCAGCCUAAUGGGUCGCGAGUGGCGCGGCAUUUGAAUCCCGGAACCGUAGCGGUCACUGCAGACCCAGCCGGGAGGCCGGAGAGCAGCUGAAGCCGCCGCGGAGCCAGCGGUCCCUCGCCCGGCCCGGCCCCGGCCCUGGCCGCGGCCCCGCGUCCCGUCCCUCAUGGCUCUGCUCCGACGCCCGGCGGUGUCCAGUGAUUUGCAGAAUAUUGACACCGGAGUUAAUUCUAAAGCUAAGAGUCAGGUGACUAUUAGGCGUACAGUUUUAGAAGAAAUUGGAAACAGAGUCACUACCAGAGGAGGCCAAAUUGCUAAGAAGGCUCAGAACACCAGAGCUCCAGUUCAACCCACCAAAGCAACAAAUGUUAGCAAACAACUGAAACCAACUGCUUCGGUGAAACCGGUCCAGAUGGAAAUGCUAGCUCCGAAGGGCCCUUCUCCCACGCCCGAGGACAUCUCCAUGAAGGAGGAGAACCUCUGCCAAGCUUUCUCGGAUGCUGUGCUCUGCAAAGUUGAGGACAUUGAUACUGAGGACUGGGAGAACCCCCAGCUCUGCAGCGACUACGUCAAGGACAUCUACCAGUACCUGCGGCAGCUAGAGGUCUUGCAAUCCAUCAGACCACGUUUCUUGGAUGGAAGAGACAUAAACGGGCGCAUGCGUGCCAUCCUGGUGGACUGGCUGGUGCAGGUGCACUCCAAGUUCAGGCUCCUGCAGGAAACGCUCUACAUGUGCGUGGCCAUCAUGGAUCGCUUUCUACAGGUCCAGCCUGUCUCCCGCAAGAAGCUCCAGCUGGUCGGGAUCACCGCUCUGCUCCUGGCUUCCAAGUACGAGGAGAUGUUUUCUCCAAAUAUCGAAGACUUUGUCUACAUCACAGACAAUGCCUACACCAGUGCCCAGAUCCUAGAGAUGGAAAUGCUUAUCCUGAAAGAACUGAAAUUUGAGCUGGGCCGCCCCCUGCCUCUGCAUUUCCUCCGGCGGGCAUCGAAAGCCGGAGAGGUGGACGUGGAGCAGCACACCCUGGCCAAGUACCUGAUGGAGCUGACACUUACCGACUAUGACAUGGUGCACUACCAUCCUUCCAAGGUGGCGGCGGCUGCAUCCUGCUUAUCUCAGAAGGUCCUGGGCCAGGGAAAAUGGAACCUAAAGCAGCAGUACUACACGGGCUACUCGGAGAGCGAGGUGCUGGAAGUCAUGCAGCACAUGGCCAAAAACGUGGUGAAAGUAAACGAGAACUUGACGAAAUUCAUCGCUGUCAAGAAUAAGUAUGCCAGUGGCAAACUCCUGAAGAUCAGCACCAUCCCGCAGCUGAAUUCCAGAGCCGUCAAGGAGCUGGCUAGCCCACUGAUGGCACGGCCCUAGGCCCAGGGUCACCACCCUGCACUUUCUGCCUUUUCUGUCUUUUUUUUUUUUUUUUUUUUUUUUUUAAACACUGAUUUGGAACUCUCUAAUUUUGUAAAUAAUCCUCUGGCCUAUUCCAUGCAACCUCUUCUCAAACUAAUUUUCUAAAUAUACCGAAGAAAAAUAAAGCUAUUGAUUUUUCUUAAGGUAUCGAAA